UUUCAGCCGGUCAUUAUUAUUGCUCAGGAUGCCUAGCGACAGCAGAAGAUAUGUAGAUGGAAAGCUGCAUGGCUCGGAUUGCGGAGGAUGCUGGAGAACAAGACGACAGAUGCGCCUCGCCUGCUGUGGGAAUAUAAACUAAGAGCAAGUUUAAAGGACUCGCUUUGGAGGAUUUUGCCAAGCGGUUGCGGAUGGAGACUGUGCAUUAGUGGUCGUUAUGAUCCGGAGGCUGACCGUCACUCGUUUUCACAUAGACAGUGAUGACAAACGCAAGAGGGAUGGGAGAAUUGUGAACUUGAAGGAGUGGAACAAAUUGCAAAUCGCCACCUGUUAGUUGAAUAUCAGCAGCUGUAGGAUUCUGGCUGGGCCCGGGGGCCAAAACCCUUUUGCUGGAAUAAAGAAAGAAAGCAAAGAGAAACAUCGGCCCUUAACCGGCAUCUGCAAAGACUCCCCUGCCUCCUUCCCCAUGGCUUGACCUCCAUGCUGUGCUGCGCUGAAGAUCUUUCCCUGGAGCUCGACAGCCGCUAUAACCGCUUGUUGGGUGGAAAAGAGCAGCGUCUGCAGACAAACCCGGCUGUUUCUCUGACCUUAGCACAUGGAUUUCAAGACUUCAAAUGAAGAGACAAAGACUGGGAUUUAUUUGCUUCAAGAUGGUAGCGAGGAGCCUUUCAAUAUCCGUCUGCACCUGGCCAAAGAUAUUCUCACCAUUCAAGAGCAAGACGUCAUCUGUGUGUCCGGAGAACCGUUCUACUCGAGCGAAAGAACAGUAACGAUCCGUCGGCAGACAAUCGGAGGGUUUGGGUUGAGCAUCAAGGGCGGCGCCGAACACAAGAUCCCUGUUGUUAUAUCUAAAAUAUCAAAAGAACAGAAGGCUGAACUUUCCGGCCUUCUGUUUAUUGGAGAUGGAAUUCUCCAGAUAAACGGCAUUAACGUGAGGAGUUAUCGUCAUGAAGAAGUGGUGCAAGUCCUGCGAAACGCAGGUGAGGAAGUGACUCUGACUGUGUCUUUCCUGAAGAGGACCCCUGCGUUUCUGAAGCUGCCGCUGUGUGAGGACUGCUCAUGUACGUCUACAUUCACCGGUAUACCAAGUGACCAGAGCAGUGGAACAUCUUCUCCACUGUGUGACAGCGGGCUACAUCUGAACUACCAUCCUAAUAACACGGACACGCUGUCUUGCUCGUCUUGGCCGAUGUCUCCGGGGUUGCGUUGGGAGAAGAGAUGGGUGGAUCUUCGUCUCAUCCCUCUCUUGCAUGCGCGUCUGUCCCAGUACGUCCCAGGUACUGACAUUUGCAGGCAAAAUGCUUUUCAAGUGAUUGCUGUGGAUGGGGUGUGCAGCGGGGUAAUUCAGUGCCCCGGUGCUGACGAAUGCACCGAUUGGCUGCAAGCAAUAGCUUCAAACAUUUCUGCCCUCACCAAGCACAACGUGAAGAAGAUCAACAGAAACUUUCCAGUAAACCAGCAGAUUAUAUAUAUGGGCUGGGUGGAUGAGAAGGAGCAAGAUUCUGUUCAGGACCGAAUGUACACACCAAAGUUUCUUGCCUUGAGGGGUUCGUCUCUCUUCAAGUUCUCCGCACCUCCAGUCACCACCUGGGACUGGACCAGAGCCGAGAAGAGCUUCACCGUCUACGAGAUCAUGUUCAAGAUCCUCAAGGACAAUGAGCUGGUGGACAAGCGGAAGCACUGCUUCAGCGUUCAGACGGACUCGGGCGAGGACAUCUUCUUCAGCGUGGAGCUGGACUGCGAUCUGCUCCUGUGGGAGAAAGCCUUUCAGAUGGCCACCUUCUUCGAGGUGGAGCGAAUACAGUGUAAAACAUACGCUUGCAUCGUGGACAGUCAUCUCAUGGGACUCACCAUCGACUUCAGCAUGGGCUUCGUCUGCUUCGACGCUGCCUCAAAGGCAGUGCUGUGGAGAUAUAAAUUCUCUCAGCUGAAAGGAUCGUCAGAUGACGGCAAGAGCAAAAUCAAGUUCCUGUUCCAGAAUCAAGACACAAAACUUAUUGAAGCGAAGGAGCUGGAGUUCUCCAACCUCUUCGCCGUCCUCCACUGCAUCCACGCUUUCUUCGCCGCCAAGGUGGCUUGUCUGGAUCCCAUGUUCGUGAGCAGCCGAAACGCCGCCGUGGCCCCCGUGAUGUCGGCCGCUUCCACGCUGACCGCCCCGUCACAGAUGUCCAAGCUCAAAUACGCCAGCUGACAGACUCCAGCCGUCCGUCUUCUCCUUCCAGACUUUGAAAACGUGGGAUGAGAGGGACCCGAAGGGGAAACGGAGCAAUUCGAGUACGUAACGCAAACGAAAAACCUCGCUUUAUCAGAAUCAGACUCAAACGUAAGCCAUUGCACGAAACGAGCUGGAUAACCUUCGGACAUUUCAGCGUUGGCUGGAAGUCUUUCAGCCCGCGGUUGCCAGGUCAUUCGUAAAAAUGGACUCCUUCCCUUUGAUAUCGCCGUAUAUCUGUUUGCAUUCAGAUGAUAUUAACACUUCUUUGUGUAUACUUUUAGGAUAUUAUUUAAUUUGGUUAUUGACUGGAACGGACCUGUUGUGAAACUGCCAUGAAGUGCACCACGUUCUCGAGCUGCGUUUUUUUCUCAAAUAGUUAACAAGAGUAAAGCCAGCCAUCUUAAAUACACAUUUACCCAAAAAGCAAUGCCCGAUAGGUAUCCGAUAUUGGCAAAGCGUAAGCUGUUAUUUAGGUCCAGGACGUUUUUAAUUUCACCUAAAUUAGUCAUUAGUUUUUAAAUCUGUUGAAAAACGACUGAAACGGCGCCCCGUCUGACUGCCUAGAGAAACAGACUGGAGAAUGCGGGAGUUAUUUUCAUAUUCCUAUUUUGAUACUUUAUUAAAGGAUGAAUCUUGUAAGUGAAGAUGAACUGGAGUUGCGUGGCGUGACUGUAUUGAUGCACAUUUGAACUUUCUCAAGGGAACGACGCACUUGCUAAUCAAUGAAGGGAUCGACUCUUUUUUUUUCGUCAGUAUCUAAGAUACGUGUAUUAGUGCGUAAACUUUGGCCAUUUUUGCAAAGUCGAAAUAUGUUUAACCUCAUAACGUCGGCAUGAAAUGAAAACAGACCCUUUUAAGGAAAAUUAGUGCUGUCAAACAAUUAGGGUUAGUUCACCCAAAAAUGAAAAUUGUCCUUUAAUCGCGGUUAAUCGCAUCCGAAAAAUAAAAUAUAUAUUUGUGCAUACAUAAUAUAUGUGUGUGCACUGUUUAUAUUUAUAACGUAUAAACAAAUACACACACAGUAUAUAUUUUGAAAAUAUUUACCUGUAUUUACAUUCAUAUAAUUUGUCAUAUAUAAAAAUAUAUUUAAUAUAUAAACAGCAUAUUUUUCUGAAAUAUAUACAUGCAUGUGUGUGUAUUUAUGUAUACGUAAGAAAUAUACACAGUACACGCACAUAUUACGUACACAUAAAAACUAUCAUUUUGGAUGCGAUUAUUUGUGAUUAAUCGUUUGACAGUACUGCUUAAAAUGUAAUACGUUUAUUAAAAUGGUAAGAACUUGCAAUAAGGCCCCGUCAGUUAAUGCAUUCACUGACAAUGAGCAAAUUAGCAGUCUUUAUGAUUUUUUGUCAAUGUGUAUAAAACAAGGUAAAAUAUAUAUUAAGGCGCCCUUAUGUUCACUAUGAAAAAAAUUAUAAUUAUGCAUUAUUAUGUUCAACUAACUCUAAACCAAACACUCAUCCUAUCCCUAACCAGUACGCUUAAUUUAGUCAUUUUAAUCAGUAUUAACUUUAUAAUUACAUUGUAUUAUUGACACCUUAAAGUGUUACCCACUAUUUUAAGGUGUUCUUGUUGCAGUGUAAUUACAUAGUAAGUACUUAAUAGUAGCUGUUGUACAAAAUGUACUUACCGUGUAACUAAGCAAUGGAACAGUUUGUGCUCACAGUUUGUAAUUAUGUAGCUGCUGUUACACAUUUGUUACAGGCCGAGUAUGUUACGCAGCCGCUUAUGCAACCAAAAGACUGUCUCGUAUGUGUUGCAGACUUUAUACAACAGAAUUGUAAAUUCAAGUACAUAUAAACUGUAAAAAAAAAAAAAAUUAAGUUGUUUCGACUUGAAAUAACUUGUUACCGCGCUACCCAAAAUUCUUUUGUUGAUUCAACUUAAAAUCUUUAGUUACGUAACGUAAAUUUAACUAUAUGUUUAAUAAUAUUUUAGUUGACUAAACAAACAUUUUUAGGCAGCGGGGUAACAAGUUAUAACUUUCUUUUGACGAUGCACACAGACAUAAGCGUAUGAAGAUUAAGAGCAAGCAUCUGUGUGAAAGACUCGGUCUGUAACAUAUGCGUAACAGUAGCAGCCGGUUACAUUUACAUAAUUACAAACUCUAAUUACAACUUAGUUGAUAAGUGCAUUUUAUUUACCACGACUGCGUAAUAAAUUCAUUCCUCUGCAUUAUGACUGCUUAAAAUAAAGUGUUACCAAAUAGGCCAAACGAAAAUCAGCUACGGUUCAUUACAUCUUACGUUUAACAAUGAAUUGGUGUGUUCAAAUUAACAUUUAGUAAGAGAACCAAAUGCUUUAGAAUUAUUUUUAAUGCAAGUAAACUGACGGGACCUUAUUGUAAAGUGUUGCCGUUAAAAUAAACGUCCAUUCUUCAUCUUCAUCUUUAUUUUUUGUUUGUUGUCAUCGUUACGUUUUUUUAGAUAACUGCUGUAUUAUAGGUUUAUGCUAUUAACAGUCAAUUUUAUUUUAAUG